AUGAACCGAAGGGUUGACCCCUCUCCGUCCGGUGUAACACCCGUAGAGAAAAUCAUUCUCGACACAAUAAAAGCGAACGGUCCAAUCUCUUUCGCCACCUACAUCAACCUCUGUCUCUCACACCCCACACACGGGUAUUAUAUGAACCCAUCGAACGCAGUGUUUGGAGCUCAAGGAGAUUUCAUUACAAGUCCUGAGAUCAGUCAGGUUUUUGGCGAGCUCGUAGGCGUGUGGUUGCUCUCGCAGUACUUGGCGAGCGGUAUGGGGAGAAAGAUCAGGCUCGUGGAACUAGGACCUGGAAGGGGAACAUUAAUGGAUGAUAUCCUCCGAACAUUAUCGCAAUUUCCUGCCUCCCGCUCGCUUCUCAAACAAGUCCACCUCGUCGAAACGUCCUCCGCCCUUCGCGUCAUCCAAGAGCAGAAACUCGAGCGCUGGUCCAAACCCUCACCUCAAUCCAACACCCAUACCGUGAACAUUUCGUGGCACGACUCAAUCGAUGAUAUCCCCUCGACGGAAGGUGAAGUCGAAGAGAACGUGUACACGAUGCUCGUAGCGCACGAGUUCUUUGAUGCACUGCCUGUUCAUUUGCUCGAGAAAACAUCACAAGGCUGGAAAGAAGUCCUCCUUACCUCUUUAUCCGACCCCGUCGCACAGACACGGACUGUCCUCCGACCUUCCGACCUCAAUCUCGACCUCGACACUACCCGUUCCUCGCUCACUUCCACCACUCCGUCCUCCGUCUCUACCUUAUCAGCCUCUUCCACACCCAUUACGGGCGAAUCAACAACUUCAGGUAGUAAACCCCGCCUCCGCCCCGUCCUCUCCCCCGAGCCCUCGCCGGUGUCCACACUCCUCGGUUCUUCAUCACCUCGCUUCGCGAGCCUACCGAUCGGGAGUAGGAUCGAAGUGUGUGCGGCGGGGUUUCAGGUCGCCAGGAAGCUUGCGGGGUUAGCCGGAGGUGUAGUUCCAGCCAGUUCGGCGGCGGCAGCUGGAGAUUCUGUGGGAAAAGUAGACGGGGGAGGGAAGAGGGGAUGUGGGUUGAUUGUUGAUUAUGGUGAUGAGAAGGUCUUCGGAGCGUCGUUUAGGGCCUUCAAGGACCAUAAGAUUGUUGAUCCGCUCCUAACGCCUGGGCAGUGCGACCUGACCGCGAACGUCGAUUUCGCGUAUUUGAAGGAGGCAAUGAAGGGGACGGGUGUCCGCACUCUAGGUUCAAUCACCCAAUCGACCUUCCUGACCCGCAUGGGCCUCGAUAUCCGUCUCAAUGCCCUGAAACAACGUGCGCCGAAGGAAAGAGCUGAUGUUAUCGAAGGAGCGGCGAAGAGAUUGGUCGAUAAGAUGGGGAUGGGGAAAGAGUAUCGGGUUUUGGGGAUUGUGGCGGAUGGGCUGGGGGGUGGAGAGAAGGAAGGGAGCGACGGAGGGGGAGGUGAGGGGGAGGGAGAGGGAGCGGUGUGGCCUUUUGUUGGUGGUGAGGACGUUUGA